UAGGGCCCUGUCUACCUUUAAAUCCAGUCAAACCAGAAAGUGCCUAUUAGCUUUGGUGCAUCGCCUCGGCACCGACAGAAGGCACAACCAUUGCCUGCUGUUCACAUCGCGUUUGUCAUCAACGGAUCAUCUGUAACAGAGACCGAAAUGUUCAGCUCCGGCUCCAACCAGCACCCCUCAGGCUAUGACCUGGGCCCCCAACCAGGAGACCAGCGCUCUCAUGGAGGUGAUGGGGGCCACGGGCCUGGUUCAGACCAUGGAGGAGACAAGCACCAUGAGCAUCAAGGUCAAGGGGGAGACCACAGAGACGGCAAGGACAGCCAGGGGCGAGUCUCUGACCGAGACCAUAACCAGGACCAUGACCGUAAACAUGACCGUGACCACGACAGGGACCGGGACCAUGACCAGGAACGUGACCAUGACAAGGACAGGAACCGGAGCCAUACCAGUGACCGGGACCAUGACAAGGACCGGGACCAUGACCAGAAACGCGACCAUGACAAGGACAGGAACCGGAGCCAUACCAGUGACCGGGACCAUGACAAGGACCGGGACCAUGACCAGAAACGUGACAGCGACCACGAUAGGGAUAGACACAGCUCUGACGACGGUGACAGUGGGGGUGAAAGCCCUGAGCGACGACGUCGUAGGGAAAGGCGGAGACGCAGUGGCAGCGGACACCGCAGCGGUAGUGGACACCGCAGCGGAAGCGGACACCGCAGCGGCAGCCGCGAACGCAAGCAUGGGCAUGGACACGGUCAUGGGCGGGGUCAUGGUCAUGGCCAUGGUCACGGACGUGGACGUGGCGGACGCUGGUAAUGGAGUAACAGCAGGCUGAUCAUGCUUUAACCAGAAAAGAAGAGAACCUUGGAAAUCUUUCUGUAUUUUUAUCAUUAAGCAAAUUGCGGCUUUGUAUUUCAGCAGCUUUUGUGAGAUCAAUGUCUGUAAAGAAAAUGCAUGAAGCAGUUCUGGUUUUACUAAAUAAACUCAAAAUAUGUUUUUUUUCUCAGAA